AUGAGGAAUUUACAAGAGCUACGGCAUGUAAUGGAUGCUUCCAGUGCAUUUUUUACAACCAGAUACUGCCCCCUUGGAUACUUCCCUUGUGGCAAUGUCAGCAUGUGUCUACCACAGCCACUACAAUGCAAUGGGGUCACGGACUGUGAAAAUGGAGCUGAUGAGGACAAAUGUGCUGACAUCUAUGGCUGGCCAAAACUUGUAGAUUGGUACUUCGACCAAGUCACAACUAUUAGUGAUGAAUUAGAAGAUUGCUUACUCGACUUGUAUCCAAACAGAUGUAUGUGUGAAGGUUUUAAAAUCACCUGUGAAGAUGCAGGGCUUAACACUGUGCCAACAGUUUCCACCAAUGUAACAAAACUGAUUUUGCAAAACAACUCAAUACAUUCCAUCUCCACCAGGGCCUUUGCAGGGCUUUUUCAUCUGAAGAGACUAUAUCUCAGUUUGAAUAAAAUCUCCGUGCUAAAGCCAGGAAUAUUCCAUGAUUUGCAUCAACUUGAGUGGCUCAUUUUGGACAACAACUUGAUACAAAGUAUCACACCAAAGACCUUUGUUGGCCUGAAGUCUGUCUUCUUCUUAUAUAUGAUGAAUAAUUCAUUGGAAAAUAUUCCCAAUAUCUGUUCUGUACUUCCCAAGCUGAAAUGGCUGGAUGUAGAAGGGAACAAUAUUGAGUCCAUCGAAAAGAAGAAUUUUCAGGCAUGCAACAAGUUUGAUGUCCUUGUUCUUCGCAACAAUAAAAUCAGAUAUAUUAAGGAUGAUACUUUCUCAACAAUCCCAUUCAUGAUAGAACUGGAUUUGUCUCUGAAUCAGCUUCAGGAAUUUUCUCCCUCAGUAUUCAAAGGUUUUGAACAGCUUCAUCAACUGAAUUUAUCACAUAACCCAAUGAACUAUAUCCACAUGGAUCAGUUUGAUCACCUUGUUUCUCUUAAGUCACUAGACUUGUCUGGGAUCAACAUCUUCAAUAUUCAGAACCAAAUGUUUAAGAAUCUGGGCAACCUCUCGUACAUAUAUUUCAAGAAGUUUGAAUACUGCAGGUAUGCUCCACAUGUCCGGAGCUGUAAGCCAAAUACAGAUGGGAUCUCAUCUUUUGAAAACCUGUUGGCCAACAUCAUUUUGCGGGUCUUUGUGUGGGUGGUGGCCUUCAUCAUCUGCUUUGGAAACCUCUUCGUCAUCUGCAUGAGGUCAUGCAUCACAACAGAAAACAGGCUACAUACCCUGUCUAUCAAAUCACUCUGCUGUGCUGAUUGUCUGAUGGGAGUUUAUCUCUUCUUCAUUGGUGCCUUUGACAUGAAAUAUCUUGGAGAAUACAAUAAAAAUGCCCAACAGUGGAUGGAGAGUAUGAAGUGUCAGCUCAUUGGUGCAUUAGCUAUGCUCUCCACUGAGGUCUCUGUCAUGCUACUAACAUAUAUGACACUUGAGAAAUACAUGUGCAUAGUCUUUCCCUUCACUCAUUACAGGCCGGGCAAGAGGCAAACCUUAUCAACACUGGUCUCCAUCUGGAUUGCUGGAUUCAUAAUCGCCAUGAUACCAUUGUGGAAUCAUAAUAUGUUUGGCAAUUAUUAUGGAAAGAAUGGAGUGUGCUUCCCUCUUUAUUCUGAACAGUUUGAGAGCCUUAGUGCAAGAGGAUACUCCACAGGAAUAUUUCUGGGUUUGAACUUACUUGCUUUCAUCAUCAUUGUCUUCUCCUACACCAGCAUGUUUUAUUCAAUUCACAAAACAGGAGCACAGUCGGCCGAGAGGAGCCUUUUCUCUAGAGAGGUAGCCAUUGCAAAACGCUUUUUCUUCAUCGUGUUCACUGAUGCCCUAUGCUGGAUCCCUAUAUUUCUGACAAAGUUACUGUCUCUCCUUGAAGUAGACAUACCAGGCACUGUAACUUCUUGGGUUGUAAUCUUCAUCCUGCCAAUAAACAGCGCCUUGAAUCCAAUCCUCUACACAAUUACCACUGCAUCCUUCCAGGAGAAGCUGAAGCAGUGUUUGCGGAAUCAAGAGCUGCUUGGUCCCAAAAAGAGCCUCUCAAGCACGACACAGAUGAGCAACGUGUAA